AUGUCUUGUUGGAAAUGUUUUUUCUUUUGUCAAGAAGCGACCUUUGCCGCCCAGAAGCAUCAACAAAAAUCAUGGAAGCGCCGCGCUGGAAAAGCUUGCGCCAGAGCGGAAACUGGUGCGAGCGUCAUGGGAGCCGGAGGUGCUGAUUGCGAGCACGUGGAGAUCAAAUCUUCUCUCACGUCAAUGGAGACUCAAAUUCUCAACUUCGGUAACGGCGACCCCAAGGAGAGGAACACCUAUAACGAUAUAAGCCAAUCGGAAGGACGUCAGCGACACUCCGUAGUUGCAUUCAUUGGUGAUUUGAAUGGAGGAUUGGCAUCAUCAGGGCCGGUAUUGUCAGAAAUAUUGAUCAGACACUUCGGCACGCAGGAACGAGCCCCGUUGGUGACGUCGCCUAGAGCUAAACCUUCGUUUUCAAUCGGCCAAAACCAAUUCCGCGUGGGUGCACCGCUAAAAGCGCCUUCUGCUUCUCGCAUUACCACUGCAUCCGUAAGGGAGCUAACGGCACCCAGGCUGAUCUUCGAAGAACUUGGCUUUCAUUUCCCACUACAAUUUAAACCAACCACGGUCUUUCACCGCUCGUUUGGACAACGACGCUCAUUUUCUUUCAUUAUCAUCCUCGGCAUGGCUACCCCAUCCCCCGCUAAUAAAUUCCGUACAAAAACAUCCGAUUUUGCGGACUUUCUCAGAGGUGUUGGUCAAUAUCAGCAUCACACGAGCACCCCCCGACGAGCGCCAGAUAACCUUCCGACACCUUCUACAUCGACAUCGGACGCGCAGGAUGGCGUACGGCGCAAGAAAACAUUGAUUCCGUUCUUUGGACGCGUCAGAAGGAAGUCCAACGUGUCCGGUACCUCUGCGGGCGAAGCGUCUGAGCAGGAAGGUGACAAGAGGUCGCAGUCAUUGGCACUAGCAGCAGAUGAUCAGCGCAGUUUUAUGGUGAUCUCACCAGAAUCUGCUUCGUCUGUCGCUUCUGCUUCCCAAAAUCAAUUGCCCAAUACGACAGCUCGUGUCACAAAACUACGGACCCUCCGUAAACCUAAUGGAAGGAUCACCGGCGUCCGUUCUCCUACCGGAUACACGUCCGAUUCCCUGGUGCCCCCGCCCAAAAAAGCGCGUCCCAGCAUAGACUCUACUACCUCCAAGGAGACGCGCUCCACUACCCCCCGACCAAAGCAGCCGACAAUUACUAUAUCCCAACCACCCACUAGUUUUCUAGACGAUAAUUACGACGAUCUAUUCACUAAACCCCGCAAGAAAUUGCACGCCAGCGCUUCCCCCUACGCCCCGACUUCUAGUGAUCAUGAUGAUCGAGCCUUCCAUAGUGAUGGUGACAUGUCCCCGACAUCGUUCCAGCUAUUCCCUCUUUCGUCUUCGUCAAAUAACACCCCUCAACCUGCCUCAUCUACUCCUAUGUCACCUACAUCCCUCCGCGAAUGGCGGAUUGUUGGCGACGAAACAAGUUCUCUAAAAUCCACUAGGAGCUCACGGAGAGUUGUCUCCGAUGAUAUUCCCAGAACCUCAGGCGAGGAGUCGGAGGCGAUUUCCACAAUUUCAAUGCCGGUAACGUCUGCCAGUGGCACAGACAAGCGGUCCUCCAUGACAUCGUGGCUUCAUAAUGAAUCACGGAGAUCAAAGUCCAUGAUCAGAUCGUCAAUGCAAUCUGUGCCAAAUCAACCUCCAACGAUUCCUCUGCCAGCUACCCCCGGUCCUUCUCAGACGCUUCCAGCUCGACUAUCGUCUUUACCUUAUAGUGGUACCCGACCAAGGGCCGUUACCCUUUCUUCUUCGGCUUCUCCUCGUGCCAAUAUCGCUACCUCUCCGCUGCCCACAUCACUCCCGCCAAGGCACAGCAAAUCCAUAUCCCGGGAUCGGAAGUCCACUGACGAGAACGCCAAGAAGGAAAUUUCCGCCUUUGAUAUCGAAACCGCGACAGCAGACCAACUACGGCAAGCCCUCGUUCUCCGUGAUCAACAACUCGAAGAGCUCGCGAGCUACCUGCUCAAGGUGACACAGAAUCACGUUACCGAAAAGAACGCUCUCGAGAAAAAGAUUGCUUCUCUAGAACGAGAGGCUGCGCGGCGCGAGAAGGAAAUUAAGGGUCUCACUUGGCUUGUCAGCAGCAAUCGUAUUCAGGGCAGCGUCCAGCUUUCUAGCACCGGGUCCAGGUCGACGCCCGCGCUGGAGUCGGAUAAGAACAGCAAAGGCGAUACGACAUCUUCCGUGAUCAAAUCCCCGACUUAUAAGCAUAUCAACUCGGAUUACGAUGACUCUGGCGCAGAGUCUUAUCCGACGUCGCGAACCGAGUCGGCCCGAGGCUCACUCUCCGGUGGCGAAUCAUCGUCCUCUCCAUCUCAGCAAGUCAAGUCAUAUAAAUUGGCACCUAAGCUAGGGCUUUUGAGAGGGUCAUCAUUGCGAAUGGGGAGUACGCGUCUUGCGCUGGAAUCGGAUAGGAAGGAUGUGCCCAAGGUGGAUAAGCGGGCUUCCGUGUCGUCUUUUGCUUCGUCGGCGGCAUCAUCAUCGUUAUCGGGUUCCUCGUCAAUGAUGCUCCCAUCGAGCCCCUCGACGACUACACUUUCUGCUAUUCCGGAGGGCCCACCUCCUGUCCCACCGAAGAAACCCAUGUCGCGUGAUCCGGCUAUAGCUGCCGCAAUAGGUACGGCGGAGCAGAGACGGGAGAAAGAGCAAAAGAAAGUCGCUCGAUCGAUGAACACAGCUCCUACCCCUGCAGCUGCCUACGCUGCCAAUCUCCAGAAAGCACGCCCGCCAUCCAUUGGGCAAAUACUCGACCAAACCGAAAAUCCAUAG